GCGGUCAGACCCCAUGGAGAACACAGACAGACCGAGUCAUGUGCCAGCAGCAACACUUUCUAAACGACAACCUGAGACACACACACACACACACACACACACACACACACACAAACACGCAGAGACAGAGAGAGAGAGAGAGUUUCGUAACUUCGGGAAGUUUUGUGGAGCCAUCGAUAAGUGGACUUGUCGUGUUUUUCAGAGCUUGGUGUCAGAGACAGAGCGGAGGGCUGAUCGUCGCCUGCGUCACUUUUUCACCGGAGUUGCCUAAUUGAGUUUCUCACUAAGAGACAGCCUUUGCCGUUCAGCAAGGCAGCUGUGAAACUAUCGUCUCUCUUCCUGGAAUAGACUGUAUACUCCAUCUGAGAAGAGCCUGGCCUGUGCAGCCAUGCUGAUGUAUGACUACCCUCUAAAGACAGACAUGGAGACGUCAUUCUACUCUUCAUUAGUGAAAACCCCGGAGCAAUACGGAGUGAUCUUCUCCCAUCCCGCCCACUUCAUCCACUCCACGCACAUGCACGCCUUCACCCAGUCCCACACCCCUAGCAACCCCACCCACACCCAGCUGGAGCCUGUUGACCUGUCAGUCAGCAAGCGUUCCUCCUCCACUUCUUCUUCCUCCUCCCCUCCCUGCUCCUCCGCCUCCUCCCCGGCCUCCUCACACAGCUCCCCGCCUUCCCCCUACAGCUCGGCUCCCCGCCCCUCCCCCCGCUGCUCCCCCCCACACUCCCAGCUGCGCUCCUCGCCGCCUACUUCCUCACUUUCUUACUCCACCAUGGUGGCUCCUAUGAUCGGCUCAGGAUCCGGAGUCAUCCAGGGGUCAGGGGUCAUGAUGUCUCCAGUCAUGGUGCCUCUGUCUGUCCUCUACCCCUCGUCUCUCCACCUGCAUCAGUCCAUUAUGGUGAGCCCACCUGUCACCAAUGACGACGACCAUCAUCGAAGCAGGGAGCACAAGACAGUUCACUGUGGCGACGCCCAUGACCUGCACAAGCCAGUCAAAACAGAGCCACGCUCUGAGCUCGCUCAUGACACGCAUAGCAGCCACGAGAUGAAAUCAUCAGUCAUCAGGAUACCACACGAAUAUGGGUGUAACAACCCGUCAGUAAUAGUUCAUUCGGGCGCAAAGCAUCCUCUCCCUGCCGAGUCUCCUGACACACUGAAAAAGCGGCGAAUUCACCGCUGCGACUUCAAUGGCUGCAACAAAGUGUACACCAAGAGCUCCCACCUCAAAGCACACCGCAGGACACACACCGGUGAGAAACCCUACAAGUGCAUGUGGGAAGGCUGCACGUGGAAGUUCGCCCGUUCAGAUGAGUUGACGAGACACUUCCGCAAGCACACAGGAGUCAAACCGUUCCAGUGCCCCGACUGUGAACGCAGCUUCUCCCGUUCUGACCACCUGGCUUUGCACAAGAAACGCCACCUCCUGGUAUGAAACCCUCUGAAACCAGGCAGCUUAAAAGAAACUUAGUGGUGGUUUCAACGUUGGACUGUACCACUAUGACCUGAUAGGGGAUUUUUAAAGAGUUGGCCUUAAACGUUGGACUCCAACGGGGAGUGGGGAAAUGUUCCUCAGGGUGCAAGUUUCGACUCUUUCUCCACAUUAGCUUGAAAAUGAGUUGGUGUCAGCCUACUCAUCAUCUAACCGUCACACCAUCCUGUUUGCAGAUUUAUCAUCAGCUCAUUUUGACAUUAUGUUGUACUAGACCUCUGAUCAGCUGUGGAUGGUCCAGACACUUUUUAUUUUUAAAAGAGAUGGCAGCGUCUCAGCUGGCCUGAGAGCAGUGCCCUCUUGUGGCCGAAGAACCAAACUGCAUCGACACCAGCUCUGUUUUAGCCACAUGCAGCAUGCUCAAGCUUCUUUUAGCAACUUUUUUGCAACAUCAGCUCCCAUUUCUCUGCAUUCAUUCAAGUUAAAGUUGUGAACCUAAACAAACACACACACACACACGUUAUUUGCUAGCUAGGCCAAUAUAAUGUGAAACUUUCCAGAAUGUAUCAUAUCACACCUACUGUGCAUCGUGUCAUACAUACAUACUAGCUUUCUUUCAUCAGCACAGCUACCUGAGACAUAACGCUAAUGCUAAUUCCUCCUUGAUGGACCGCCACAUUAAAAAACACCACACACCUCAUCUGCCUCUACAAGCUUGCAUCAUGAAGUGAUAAAAACAGGUAGCUAUUGCUCGCUUUUUCUUGUACAUACAUGCACAUGUUUAACGGCACAGACAGCAAGAAAACAUGCACUUAAUAAAAGCAGACUCGGUCUGGUGUGCUUUUGGUAUUUGGGUUAGAAAAAAAAGGUUGGGUCUCUGGGUCUCGUUCAUUGUUGGAGUGAAGUGUUUUUUAUGUUUUCAUUCAGAAAUGUGAAAGUUGGUGCAGGGGCAUUAUUGUGUUAGUAAGGAAAAGACACCACUCAGUUCGUUUAAGGGUAGAAGCAAUGAAAUGUCUUAUAUCAUGUUUAUGUAUCCAUAUGAACUAUUGUUUGGUUUGUGAUGUGACACAAUGGUAGCCUUUUUUUAUUGUAUGACACAUUUUAUAAUGAGAAAAAAAGUGUACAGCAGGGAAAAUUACUCUUUAAUAUUUUUUGUUCAGGAGCAGAUGAGUUUUAUUCCAGCCCGCCACACAGGAUAUGUCAUUUUAAAGAAAAUAACAUUUAAUUCAACAGUUUUCAUAAUAGAAGGUCAUAAGAUAUACA